ACCAUUGCUGGUCCGUUGGGGCGCGUUGUUCUGUGUUGUGUACGCCAAUCGCCAAAGAGUAAGCAAGCAUGUCUGGUCGCGGCAAGGGCGGAAAGGCCAAGGCGAAGGGAACGUCCCGGUCUUCCCGGGCUGGUCUCCAGUUUCCCGUGGGCCGCAUCCAUCGGCUGCUGCGCAAGGGCAACUACAGCGAGCGGGUAGGUGCUGGCGCACCGGUCUACUUGGCUGCCGUGUUGGAGUACCUAGCCGCCGAGGUGCUCGAAUUGGCGGGAAACGUGGCCCGCGACAACAAGAAGACGCGCAUCAUCCCACGUCACCUGCAACUGGCCAUCCGCAACGACGAGGAGCUCAACAAGCUGCUCUCGGGCGUCACCAUAUCACAAGGCGGCGUUCUGCCUAACAUUCAGGCCGUCCUGCUGCCCAAGAAGACCGGCCAGACCAGCACAGCCGGCAAACCGGGCAAGAAAGGCGGUUCCAGCCAGGAGUUUUGAGGACAUUUUGCUGUUCACUCAGUCGCCGCAUUCCUCUUGUUAAACCACCCCGGCCGGUCAGCGGCUCAGAACUUCGCGCAUUGUUU